GGUUUGCGGACGUGGCGGAGGCGCACGGCCCGGAAGGCGGAGACGUUGGCGGUGGCGGACAGCUGGAAACGGAGGUUCGGCGAUGAACUUACCCGGGACGGUGGCCGCGGGCCUGGCAGACGUCUCCUCGCUGCGUCCCCCCUGCUAACGGGACAGAUUUUAUGCAGACAUUAUGGCAGGAAGGCAUCAGAAUCGUAGUUUUCCUCUUCCAGGGGUUCAGUCGAGUGGACAAGUACAUGCAUAUGGAAAUUGUACAGAUAGUGAUGUGUUGGAGGAGGAUGCUGAAGUGUAUGAACUUCGAUCCAGAGGAAAAGAAAAAGUCCGAAGAAGUACAUCAAGAGAUAGACUUGAUGACAUUAUAGUAUUAACAAAAGAUAUACAGGAAGGAGAUACUUUAAAUGCAAUAGCCCUUCAAUAUUGUUGUACGGUAGCAGAUAUCAAGAGGGUUAAUAAUCUCAUCAGCGAUCAAGACUUUUUUGCCCUUAGGUCUAUCAAAAUUCCAGUAAAAAAGUUCAGUUCAUUGACUGAAACACUUUAUCCUCCAAAAGGAAGACAGGCUUCACGUCCUUCAUCUGUUCAGUUUGCUCCAGAGCAACAGGAAAUUGUGCCAGCUAAUGAUUCUCUUUCUUCCAGUGAGUCAGCUGGUAGCUUUUUAAAAGAAGUGGACCGCGACAUAGAGCAAAUAGUAAAAUGUACAGACACCAAAAGAGAGAACCUUAAUGAGGUGGUAUCUGCCUUAACAGCACAGCAAAUACGUUUUGAACCUGACAACAAAAACACUCAACGUAAGGAUCCUUAUUAUGGAGCAGACUGGGGUAUAGGAUGGUGGACAGCAGUAGUGAUAAUGUUGAUAGUAGGUAUAAUAACGCCAGUAUUUUAUUUGCUAUAUUAUGAAAUUUUAGCUAAAGUGGAUGUUAGUCACCAUUCAACAGUGGAUUCUUCACAUUUGCAUUCAGGAAUCACACCUCCAUCACAGCAGAGAGAAAUGGAAAAUGGAAUUGCCCCAACAAAAGGAAUACACUUGGGCCAACAAGAUGAUCAUAAACUAUAUAGUCAAGAUUCCCAGGCACCUGCUGCUCAACACAAAACAUAGCAAUUAGUUCAUAAUCACUAUUUAGUGAUCACGUGUGCAUCUGGAAUGUGGUGAAUCAGUUAUAUUUAAUAACCACUUAAAAGGCAGUAUUUAGGGAGAUUGGAAAUACUUUUUUUUUGAGCCAUUUACAAGUGGAUUGUGUAUAAAAUCCCUAAACUUGCUAGUUCAUGCUGAGAGCAGGCAGUCUGAAUUUCUGUUACAUCACUGCUUGAAGUGGAAGUGAAUUUAAAUACGUGUUUAGGAAGUUCUAAACCUGGAAAAUGUAUCAUUUUUCUUACUCAAGACUAGUUAUGCUUAAAUUUUAUUUUUUAAGUAAUUUUUUGGAUUAAAGUUAUUGCUAAAUUUAUUAUAAUGUGAAUGAUAGCAACAGAUGUCUGCAACUGAAUAUACUACUGUGAGCCAUCAAAACAUUGAGUUGCAAAAAAAAGUUGAUUGAUUCCAAAAUUACUUAUGAUAGCACAUAAUACUCCAUUUUGAAACUUUUUAAAAACACAUUUAGCACAUACGAAAAUAUAAGUAGAAACAAAUGGUAGUUUCUGUAAUAGAGGGUAAGAAAAAGAUUGAAUUUUUUAAGCCCCCAAAAUAAUGUGUUAUGGUUGGGAAUUUGCCAUUUGGUCACUAGAACACUGGAAUAGGUCAAGACCUAAAAGUGAUCUUUGUACCUAAAGAAGGCUUUCUUUGCUUCCCUAGAUAGACCCUUUAAACUCUUUGCUUCUGCUUUUGUUUUUAAAAUAAUUAUAUUUGCCCUGAUGUUGAAAGCACUUUUGUAGUUCGAUAAAAAGUGUUAUACAUGUACAAAUUAGCAUUACUUAGGAAAUAAUUCCUCAUGUACCGUGAUAAAUCAUUGCUGUUACGUGUAGUAACAUGCCUUAAAUACAUUUAAUGCCUUAAAAUUUUAUUUUAUGUAAACCAGUAUAAUUUUUAGAAUUAAACUUGAGCAUUACUUCAAAUGGUCCACUAAGAUUCAUUACAUGUUGUUGUUAGGUGGUACUGAGUUGGUUCUGACUCACAGCAACCUUAUGUACAACAGAAUGAAGCACUGCCUGGUCCUGCACCACCCUCACAAUUGUUGCUGUAUUUGAGUUGUUGC